AUGCUUCCAAUCACUCUCUUCCUCGGGGCUGCAAUUGCUUUCUUGGUUGGAUUACGAGUGCUGAGAAUUGGUCGACGCCCCAAAAACUAUCCUCCAGGGCCACCGACAUUGCCAAUUCUAGGAAACAUCCAUCAAAUGCCCACUCGUGAUGCUCAUCUUCAAUUCGAAGAAUGGGCACGUGAAUAUGGCCCAGUUUACAGUUUGAUCUUGGGUACGAAAUGCUUAAUCGUGCUAUCAAGUGAUGAGGCAGUCAAAGAACUAUUGGACAAGAGAAGUGGUUUAUACUCUCACCGUCCGGAGAUGUACAUUGGACAGACUCUGUGCAGUGGCAACCUGAGGUUGCUGAUGAUGGGCUACGGUCAAACGUGGCGUGGGUUCCGAAAGAUGAUUCACAGUCUGCUCAACGUGACCACUUCCAAAAAGUACAUACCUUACCAAAUGCUGGAGAACCGCCAGCUGCUCCAUGAUAUUCUCACGCAGCCAGAGGGAUUCUUAAAGCACAUUCGACGAUACUCCAACGCCCUGACGACCACUAUGGUCUUCGGAUGGCGCACGCCGACAUACGAAGACGAGAAAAUGAUGCAGCUGUUUGAUGGCUUCUCGGAAUUUGCAGACAUCAACCAAACCGGCACAGCUGCUAUCAUUGACUUCUUCCCAUGGCUAAGAAACCUGCCCGAAUUUCUGAUUCCUGCACAAAAGAAGGCAAAAGAGCUCCACAAACACGAAAAAGCGUUAUACCUCGGCCACUGGCUCCGAGCCAAGGAAGAAACUCGCCAAGGAAAGCUCAAUCCAUGCUUCUGCGCAGGAAUGUAUGAGGCGCAAAAAACAGAUGGGUUCAGCGACGACCAAGCCGCUUAUAUCUCGGGAACCCUUCUCGAAGCCGGCUCUGACACCACAUCAAGCACACUGUAUGCCUUCAUCCAGGCUAUGUUGCUCUUCCCUGAGGUUCAGCGCAAGGCCCAAGAAGAGAUCGAGAGAGUCGUGGGGUCAUCUCGUUUACCAGUUAUGGAUGACAUAUCCGAGCUCCAGUAUGUGCGAGCCUGCAUGAAGGAGACAGUGAGAUGGAUGCCGACUACCAUUCUCGGUGCUGUUCCGCACGCCGUAACACAAGAUGACGAGUACCGGGGAAUGUUCAUUCCCAAAAAUGCAGGCGUGUUGAACAACGUAUGGGGAAUCCACAUGGACCCCAACCGUCACCCCAGUCCUCGGACAUUCAACCCGGAUCGAUAUCUGGAUGAUUAUCAGAGCUUUGGAGAUGCAGCGGCGAACCCGGAUCCUUCGAAGCGUGAUGUCUUCACCUUUGGUGCGGGACGCCGCAUCUGCCCAGGGAUUCAUGUUGCAGAGCGGAGUCUGUUCCUUAGCAUGUCACGGAUUCUGUGGGCCUUCAAGAUCGAGCCUGAGAUCGAUGGUGGGAACCCUAUAUUGCCGGACCCGGAUCGUUUGACGCAGGGGUUCGUGUGUAUGCCCGAAGAGUUCCCAGCAAGGAUCACACCGAGGUCAACGCAGAGAGCGGAUAUGGUCACCCGGGAAUGGCGAGAGGCAGAGAAAACGUGUUUGGAUCUAAAAACCAGGCAGUGGGUGCAAUCCCCCGUUGGAUUCUGA